AUGCCUGAAACCAAGGUGGCACACAAUGUUGUGAGUUACAAUGCGGUGCUUGAUGCCGUUCACGGCAGAGCCCAAGCCGCUGACCUCUUUCGCAAAGCCAGGAAGUCUGGUCACUUCACCGACUUGUGCAAGAAGGGUCCCACCUAUCUAGAUCUGCAUGACAUGUCGGCUGGUGCUGCUUGGACGGCCGUGGAAUGGUGGUUUGCUGAAGUCCUGCCAACAGUUUUCCAGCAAAGCAAGCCUCGGACCUGCGUCAUCAUUACCGGCUGGGGCAAGUCACGAGAGCUGUGGCAGCGGUCAGACAACCAGUCUUUCAUCAUGGCCAAGCU